AAAAACGAGAUUUGUGAGCAGCCAUAUUCGGGUAGUUUCUUCAGCAGUUGUAACGUUCGGGAAGAUGUUACGUGGAGAAUGAGGAAACUUGUAAACGUACUCUGACAAGGAACUUGUCGAUUGUUUAUUCGCCAUAUGUUAGGUCUCCAUGUGCAACAAUAGGCGUUAACGUAGGAGACCACCACAAUGAUUAUUGAAAAUCUGGAUGCUUUCAAAGUGUGGCUAUCGAAAACACUGGAUCCGAUCUGUGAUGCGGACCCAUCAACUUUGUCUCGCUAUGUAUUAGCCUUGGUCAAGAAAGAAAAGUCUGAAAUUGAACUCAAGGAUAUCUGUAUGGACCAGCUGGAUGUGUUUUUGCAGUCAAAGACAAAGGCAUUUGUGGAAACACUAUUCACUGCAUUGAAAUCAAAAUCCUACCUAGCAUCUCUAGUGCCUGAUGCUGUCAACAACACACCUGUGGCUCCAGUCCCUAGUCAGACAACCAACAACGUAACAGCCAAACCACCGGAAGCUGACAAAAAGAAAGACAGGCCAGAAAAACAGAUAUCUGAUGAUGGCAGUCGGGAUGGUUCCAAGAGAAGACGAUCAAGAUCGCCAAGUCCCAGAUCUCGAGGAAGAGACAUUCGAGAUGAUCGGAGACAUCGGUAUGAUCGGUCUAGAUACUCACCCGAUAGAGGGCGUUAUGGUAGAAGACGGAGCAGAACGCCUAGCCCUCGGAGAAGGGAUAGAAGGUCACCUGUGAGGGGUCGUGGACGAUCACGUGAUAGGUCGAGAAGUCCUAGGUCGAGGUCGCGAUCCUGGAGCAGAAAUAGAUCGCGAUCCCGUUCAAGGUCAAGGUCUAAGGGCCGCCAGCCUGACAGUCGUGGAUCAACUCCCACCCUUGACAAUGGUCGCUACUCCACUGCAAGUGCCAUCCCAACCAUUCAGAGUGUAGCAUCGUCUAUUGCCCAUGCAGACAAGCAGCAGCAAGGGGAUACUCCUCCUCCUCCCGGCCCACCUGGGCCACCUGGCCCACCUGGCCCACCUGGAUCACGGCCUAGAUGCAGGGACUAUGAUGAAAAGGGAUUUUGUAUGCGUGGUGACCUCUGUCCUUUUGAUCAUGGCCUUGACCCUGUUGUUGUGGAGGACAUAGCUAUACCGAACAUGUCCAUUCCUCCACCAUCACUUGGAGGACCACCACCAACUUCCGGACCUAACUCUGGCCCACGUCCCCCUCCCCCAGGACCUGGUGGUCGAGGGGCUCCACCUGGACCGCCACGUGGACCGCCGCCUGGACCACCCCCAGGACCACCACCCCCGCCACCACCAGGUGUACCUGGAGGCCCUCAGUUUCCACCUCCCGCUGGCCAAGGGCCUCCUCCUCCUCCUGGUCCCCCAACCCCAGGAACUAUGGGGUCACGACACAUACCAGCCCACCCACCAAGGACAGGGCCUGGUGGUGAGGGUUACAAUCCAGAAGCUCCAGCUCUCACAUCUCGUCCACCCCCAGGUUUCUGGGGAAACCAGCGUGGUCAGCGCCCCCAAGCAGCUUUCUUCAACCCCCAGGCACAGAGACAGAGGGAUCUAGUUCAGGUCCCCACCCUCCCUGAAUCUCCACCAGAGGAUCUGGAAGGAAAGAAUGAUUCAAUGUCCAACUCACCACCACAUCCCACAGUCUCAUCGAGGGUGGUGAUUCCUCAGAAGCGCACCCAUGGAAUGAUGGAGGGUUAUGGGCGUGGCAGGGGGCGUGGCAGAGGAUACAUGUCUCCGGCAAAGAAACCAUUUGACUAUGGAAGACUCGGAGGUUUUAGACGACAAUUUAAUAAUGAAAAUGCUACACUGGAAGUACGUAAAGUCCCACAGGAAUUCAACAACAUUUCUAAACUGAAUGAGCACUUUGGAAAGUUUGGAACUCUUGUCAAUGUUCAGAUUUGCUUUGAGGGAGACCCUGAAGGAGCUCUAGUGACGUUCAGCAACAACGCUGAGGCUCAUGCAGCCUAUAAGAGCAGCGAGCCGGUGUUCAACAAUCGCUUCAUCAAGGUGUUCUGGCACAAGAAGAAGGAGAUGGAGAAACCCAUAGAGACGGACCCAGAGGUGCUGAAGGCCCAGAAUAAACAGAAGCAUGAGCAACAGCAGCAGGAGAAUCUCAAGCAGAAGGUCCUUGUUACGUUUUCAACCACCCAAGAAUCUCUGCCAACUCCUGACCAGCUUCGCAUCCCAGCUCGAGCUCGUCUUGGUGUACCACCAGCCAAUAAACUCAAGUUGAACAACUCAGGGACAAAAACUCCUGAGUCACCAACAGAAAAGGGUAUUGUGUACACAUCAUCCGUGGGCAACCUGAAGAAGACAGUAUUCAACACAGAAGCUAUGAAGCAGACCAAGGCCUCUCUCUCAAGUCCAACAGCUGUCAAUACUGCUGACUUUGUCACAAAAAUCGAGGCCAUCAAGAAGGCAGAAGGGUUAAAGAAGGAGGCUGCCAAGAAGCGGCUAGAGAUUCACCAGCAGAAGCAGGAAUUGCUGAAGAAGCAGAUAGAGCAACAGAAGAAAUUGAUUGAAAAGAUGGAGAAAAACAAAUCAAUGAGUGCUGAAGACAAAAGUGCUAUCAUGACUACUCUUAAAGCUGUGUCUAGCAGCAUAGACAAGCUGAAGCAUGAGUUGAUGCCAAAGAUGGGGGGUAUGUCGCUGGUGAAGAGUCCCGAGCAGCAUUUUUUACAACAGGCUCGACGGGAGAUCCUGGACACAGAGCUGGAGCUAAUGACAAAGACGGGGAAUGGGGAGGACACGACGCUGCUGAAGAAAAAGUUGAUGGAACUCACCCGGGAGGCAACAGCCAUGGGACUCCUGGACAGCAAGGGAAGGGGGAGGGGUCGAGGCCGCGGCAUGACCACGAGAGGAGUUGGUCGUGGUCGAGGGUCAUGGAUGGGUCGUGGGAGAGGGAGAGGAGCUGCAGCUGGCAGUCUGUCAUUAGACAAACGACCAAGGACGCUUCAGAUCAAGGGAUUUGAUCUGGAGGAGAAGGAAGAGAUCAAACAGUUCUUCAGUCAGACCUGCCUGACUGAGAAGGUGGAGUACAAUGACGACAUUCCAAGUGCAAUAAUUACAUUCUCUACCAGGAAGGAUGCAGAGAAAGCUAUUGGUCGAGGAAACAAGUACCAGAAGCCUCUGAAUAUACAGUGGUUCACUCCGCUGCUGAGGACUGUGAGUGUAGUCAGCGAUGACAGUCUUUCUGGUACCUUGGAAGAAGAUGAAGAAGAUGAGAGUCAGGUUGAGGAAGACCUGGAUGAAGCAGGACUGCUUGGGGCCGAUGAUGAAGAGGAGGAGGAUGAGGAGUCUCGUUCAUGGAGGAGGUAGUCUUCAACCAAGGUCAAGGCCAAAUGAAAAAGUCAGAGAGGAAUCAAGAGUGGGAAAGAAGUGCAGCUGAAUUGUUAUUACUCAGUUUCUUGAUCUUCCUGUUUUGUACUAGACUACAUGCAUGCACACUUGGACACAUACACCACAUGCAUGCACACUUGAACACCUACAUACAUACAUGAACACCUACACCACACACAUGCACACUUUGACACCUACACCACACGCAUGCACACUUUGACACCUACACAUGAACACCUACACACAUGCACACUUUGACACCUACACCACAUGCAUGCACACUUUGACACCUACACCACACACAUGCACACUUUGACACCUACACCACACACAUGCACACUUUGACACCUACACCACACACAUGCACACUUUGACACCUACACCACACACAUGCAUGCACACUUUGACACCUACACCACACGCAUACACACUUUGACACCUACACCAUGCAUGCACACAUAUGGACUGCUCAACUUAGGACAGGAACACUGGGUUCUCAUAUUAAUAUUGUUGAUCAGUUCAGUAUAUGCAGUCACAAUGUGACUGUUGCUGUGAACAGUUCAGUAUAUGCAGACACAAGCUGUGAACAGUUCAGUAUAUGCAGACACAAUGUGGUGUUGCUGUGAAC